UGGGCAAGUAGGCAACAGUUGCUGUUGAAGUGGGAGCAUUUGUAAUGGGCCCAAUUUGCCAGCAACUGAUGUCGGCCGACAUGUUGCUUUGAGGGGUGGAGACAACUUUGAGCUCCGGUGGUGACCGCUGCAAUCACCAGGGAGGCGCAAGCCACCUUUCAGAGCUCGCACUCCAUCAAGAUGCCGGUGGGAAAGUCCAAGCCAUGUCGCCGGCGCAGUGUUAUUGUUCCCUACGGACUCAAAACUUGGCUGGAAUGUCUCGCCAUGGCUGUAGCGAAGGAAUGUCCCAAAUGCAUGAGGCGUUUCAUUGCAAAGUACUGUCAAGAGCUCUUGGAGUACAGAAAUGAAAACCCCAUGAUGGACAUCAGGGAUCUUGUCUUAACAUACCAGAGUUUAAGAGAGAACAGAAGAUCUUUAAAAAAGCAUUAUCGUGUGGAUGGACAAUAUUCCCAAUUUAAAUGUUUUAGCUGGUGCACAACACUUUCUUCCUGUGAUGCCCAUAACGUCCAAGCAGAGAUCCAAAGAACUGAACGGACAGAUGAUAUGGGGCAGUCUGUGGCCAUGGAGACAUCUACCGCAUCAAAAGAUUUGAUCAGUUGUCAUUCCGAAGAUGUCUCUAAAGCUAUUGGGCUGUAUAUGAGUCAGCCUGGCAAAGAGAAUGAACAAGGGCCUUCUGCUACCACCUCUGAAGCAAUCCCUGAUGUUGUGGUCCACAAUAAGGCACUCGCGUUGGUACCCACACCAAAUCUGAGCCGAGCUCCAUCAGGGGACCUUCAGGAUGGCAAUGUGGUUGAGAAGGAAUUAGGUUGCCAAGCUACAGACAGACUAACUUACCAACAAAGCACUGAUAUAUCUAGAAGUCCCUCAGAAGAACUCUUGAGUGAAUAUGAACAGUUUUCAGAGGGUGGAUUUGGGAUUGCUACACAAAAGAUUUCCAAUGUGUCAUUGCAAGAAAUAACCAGUAGUGAAGAAAGAGUGUCAGAUGAGAGUUAUGGAUCUCCAAAAUUAUCUCCCAUGUCAUCCAGUGAAUCAGCUGUCCGAGUGGCAUCACCUCUACAGACAGUUGAGUUCCAUCAUCUGAGAGACAACAAACAUGAGAUUGAUGUGAGAGCAUCUGCUGAACAACUUGAUUUGACUUCAAGCUGCAUGCUGUACAGAUCCUCAUAUGACUCACUGUCAGAGGAGGAGGAAUCGGCUGAAUCGGCUACGAUUUUAGAAAGGUCUCACAGCCAAGCAGUACUGAGGACGAUCAGCCUGGAAGAGAGACUGAACAGACAAGAAGAAAGAUCAAAAGAGGAAACUUAUUUUUCAGGAGUAACAGAUGAAACUCUACUGGAUGAUGGUGAAGAGGAUGCUGAUUUAGUUGUCCUCUAUGAAGCGCCCUCAGAUGAAUGUGUAGUUUCAUCUGAGAAUUCAGAAAUUUCAGCGGAUGUGUGUGGAGACCUGUCGCCAACUCAGGAAGGCGCCUCAGUUUCUGUUCAUUCCAGUUUCAUGGUCACAAAAGGCAGUGUUGUAAUGGGAACUACACCUUCAGUGCGAUGUCUCACAUUGUCUCCUGUGUCAUCAGAUGUUAAGAAAGAAGUUUGUGCGAGUGGAAAUAACUUAUCCAGUUUCCCACCUUCAGCAGUUAUGGAACUACCUGAUGUCUUUGGAGAUGUCAACAUUCCAAGGGAAGAGGACAUGACAAGUCAACAUGUUGCCACUGAGAUAAAGAGACACAUCCCUUUGAGACCUUCUUCAGAGAGCAUUAAUUUUGCCUCAAGUUGGGACCAGGCCAGACUACAUUCUAGUUCUAAGCCAAGAGUGAAAGACCUUUCAAGAUUAUCAUCUCUAACAAGACAAUCAAACAGAACUACAUUAAAUGAGAAAGAGGGUUCAGCAAGUGGUUUCACUGAAGACCAUCUGAGCACAAUGGCACAUACAGAGUCUUCUAUCACAGUACUCUUUGAGAAUUCAGACGAAGAUGUUGAUGAUGAAAGUGAAUCCUUAGCUGUUGCUGAAAGUUUAGCAGAGUAUCAUUCCAUUCCGGAGGUGGUGAUUGUCCACAAAGCUCCAUCAUUUGAGGAACUGCCUGAGACAGAUGAGGAGGACCUUCAUAGAUCAGAGUCCUCUGUGGGGAGGCCUGAUUCUCUCAGUGGUGCACAGGGAUCCCAAUCUAGUGUAACGUCUCCCACAAUGUCAGUGGGUGCUGAAAAUACAGAUGGGACACCAUAUGUGGUGAUCAUUCACAAAGCUCCUUCUGAGAAAGACCUUCCUGAUACUCCGUUUACACCAGGAGUAGAAAAUAUGGUUGGAUCUGGAUCAGCUUUAGCAGAAGAUGUCGCUAGAUUACCAUUGGUUCAUGAUAAACUACCACCAAAGGCGCCACAUCAGUCAGAGGAGAAAUCAUCUGAAGCAGAAACGGCUGCAAAUCCACCAGCAAAGACAUUGUAUGAUGAGGUUGUUGGAGAUACAUUGAAAACAUCAGAGAGCCUUAGAUCUCCUAGAUUAGGACCAACGUCAUCUUGCAUAUUAGAAGCUGCUAAAGACUCAGACACUACUACCCAUGUGGUAAUCAUUCAUAAAGCUUCCUCUGGCGAGGGUUUUCCUGAAGUUAGUAUUACAUCUAAUGUUGAGAGUGUUGGGCCACAGUCCUCUCUGAAGUGGGUGCCAUCAGCAAAUGAAAGUGUGCCCUCUUCUGGAACACAGAGUUUAAAUGAAAGAGAUAAAAGUGUCUCAUCAGUGACAACCAAAUCCCCAAGAUUGACUCUGCAGCGUUCAAAGGGAGAUGUUUCUAGAACAACAUCAUCAGAUCACCUCAGUGUUUCAGCCUCUGGCUUGAAUGAAGAUAUCUAUGAAGUUCAAUUGAGUGUUGACACUGAAAAGGACUCUGUUGGACAAAGUGUAAAGGACUCUGUUGGAACAGCCAAUUCAGCGGAGAGACUCAGAGACUCAUCUUGCAUAUCUGGUGCACUCGAAAUAUCAGAUCAUUACCACUCACUCACCAAGUCAGACACUAGUACAGAGUGUUGUGCUACACUAAAUGAGAGAUUUAAUGAAAUGCCAGUUGAUGAUACACUUGAAAUGAGAACAGCAUCCUUACAACAAAGCUCCGAAGGAAUUCAGUUCUCUUCCAUAUCAAAAGAUGCUGAAGAGGCUGACUAUUCACCUAAUGUGGUAAACAUCUCUAGAGAGAAACUUCCUGAAUCUGGUGUAACAUUGGGACUGUUGGAGAAAGUGCCGUUUGCGGCCUCCAAAAAAACAGAGGAUGAUACUUUGGAUGUUCACAAUUCAAGAAUUGACACGGUUUUUGUAGGCCCAUCUGAAGCAGCAGAGCAAAGAGUUGCUUAUGUAAGGACACCUAGUGAAGAUGAAAUCAGUACAGACAUUUCAGUAGUUAUCGGAUCAGACUCAAAACUAUCUCCUCGCCAUUUAAGUGGAGAUGUCUCUGAGAGAGUUUCCUCCGAGCACCUUCAGGUGUCAACCUCUGACCUGAGGUCAACUCCCAUUGUUCCAGCAGAACAUGUUUCUGAACUGCUGUUAAGUUGUGAGGACAUGUCGUCAGAGAAAACAUCAGACAUGUUAAGGAGACCCAGUCAAGAUGAAAUAUGUGCUGAAGUUUCAGUAGUAAGAAUCAGAUCUCCACGAUUGUCUCCUCGCCAUUCAAGUGGAGAUGUCUCUGAGAGAGGUUCCGCUGAGCAGCUUCAGGUGUCAACCUCUGGCCUGUGGUCAACUCCUGGUAUGUCAGCGGAAGACAUUUCUGAACCAACUUUGAGUAUUCAGGAAGUGAUUUUAGACAACACAUCAGGUGUAGUUAAAUGUUCAAGCCACAUUAAACUGGAUAGGGAACCAUCUGAAUUGACAACAACGAAAGAAUCUUCAACUGUUACAUCAAGUGAAAAGUCAGUUGAAACUUCAUUUGAUGGUACAACUGAAGCUAAAAUGGCGUCAUCACAAUCAAGUUCAGAAAGAAUUCAGUCCAAUUGCAUUUUGGAGGCUGUUGAAGUGGCAGAAAUUAUUCCUCAUGUGGUAAUUCAUAAGGCACCUUCUGGGGCAGAACUUACUGAAACUGGUAGUUCAUGCUCAUUAGGUCAUGGAAGCCUUUCAGCCACCGAUAGUUUAGAUGUUCAGAAGUCAGUAAGUGGCACUUCUGUUGUAGCACCACCUGAAUCAACAGAGGAAAGAGUUGCUUAUAUAAGGACACCCAGUCAAGAUGAAAUCAGUGGUGAAGUUUCAGUAGUUAUAGUCAGAUCCCAAAGAGUGUCUCCUCGCCAUUCAAUUGGAGAUAUCUCUAAGAGAGCUUCCUCCGAGCAGCUUCAGGUGCCAAACUCUGGCCUGGCAUCCACUCCCACAGUGUUAGUAGAAGACACUACUGAACUGCUGAUAAGUCAUGAGGACGUGUCUUCAGAGAAAACAUUAGACAUAGCUCAAUGUUCAAGUGACAGUAUAUUAGAGAGGGAGGAGGCAUGCGAGAUGGCAACAACCAGAGCAUCACCACCACCACCUACACCAAGUGGCCAGCACAUCGCUGAGAUGUUGAAGUCAGACGAGAGACUCAAAUCUCCAGUGUUAUCCCCCAGAUCAUCAGGGGCAUCUGAGAAAUCAAAUGAAAUUUCAGUUUAUGGUACGCUUGAAGUGACGUUGACAUCUUCACAGCCAAGCUUAGAAUGUAUUCACCCCCUUUCCAUGUUGAAAAGUGCCGACGAUUCAGAAAUGAGUCCUCAUAUGUUGAUCAUUCAGAAGGAACCCUCAAUAGUGGAAAAUCCUGAAUCUGAUAUGACAACAGGGAUGUUGGAGGUAAUACCACCUGCAGCUUCCAAAAGUUCACUGGAUGAUUUAAAACAUUUAGCCUAUGACACUUUGGAUGUUGAGAAGUUAGGAACUGUUGACCUAGAGAGGAAACCCUCGGAACUGAGAACAAAGGAAGCAUCUUCAACUGUUACAGAAAAUGAAAACUCAGCUGAAACUUCAUUUGAUGGUACAACUGAAGCUAAAGUGGCAUCGUUACAAUCAAGUUCAGAAAGAACUCAGUCCAAUUGCAUCUUGGAGGCUGUUGAAGUGGCAGAAAUUAUUCCUCAUGUGGUAAUUCAUAAGGCACCUUCUGGGGCAGAACUUACUGAAACUGGUAGUUCAUGCUCAUUAGGUCAUGGAAGCCUUUCAGCCACCGAUAGUUUAGAUGUUCAGAAGUCAGUAAGUGGCACUUCUGUUGUAGCACCACCUGAAUCAACAGAGGAAAGAGUUGCUUAUAUAAGGACACCCAGUCAAGAUGAAAUCAGUGGUGAAGUUUCAGUAGUUAUAGUCAGAUCCCAAAGAGUGUCUCCUCGCCAUUCAAGUGGAGAUAUCUCUAGAGAGCUUCCUCCGAGCAGCUUCAGGUGCCAAACUCUGGCCUGGCAUCCACUCCCACAGUGUUAG